AUGAUUAUAGUUACUUUCGUAUCAGUGAUCACUUUGGCUGGUAUCAUCACCGCAGCAGUGGUUAGCGCUCAGGAUGUCAAAGGAAAUCGAUACCCAGACUAUACUCCGCUAAAUUAUCACUUGGUCGAUACAUACCAGGGAACAUCAUUCUUUGAUCGUUUCAACUACUUUUCUGGCGAAGAUCCCACCUAUGGAUUUGUCGUAUAUGUUAACAAAGAGACUGCACUUGGCUUGAAUCUCACUCACGCUACCAAUACCUCCGCUAUUCUUCGUGUGGAUUCAACUGCAGUGGUUGUAGGUGGCCGUAAUUCUGUCCGAAUUGAAUCUAAAUCCACCUAUGACACCGGACUCUUCGUCUUUGAUAUCAUCCACACACCUUAUGGCUGUGGUACAUGGCCGGCACUUUGGCUAACAGAUACGGAUAACUGGCCGAAUAACGGAGAGAUAGAUAUCCUGGAAUCUCAUAAUGAAGCAUUAGACGGUAACAUGGUCACCCUCCACACAACAGAGGGCUGCACCAUGAAUGUUCAGCGAAGGCAUACUGGAGGCGUUAUCUCUGAUAAUUGUCAGACUAAUGAUAGCGAUUCUGGCUGUGCUGUUCAAGGAGAUGAACGUACAUAUGGCCAGAAGAUGAAUGAGAACAGGGGUGGAGUAAGUUCCAAAAAGUUCCUACCUCAGCUGCAUCCAGGGUCUGUUUAUGCACUUGAGCUUCGAGACGCAGGAAUUCGGACCUGGUUCUUCCCUCGAGACUACAUCCCCGCCGACAUCAACGAUAGCACAGCCCCAGAUCCAUAUACAUGGGGUAUUCCAUUUGCAGACUUCCCCAAUACGAAAUGUGAUAUUCCAACGUAUUUUCACAAUCAAACUAUUAUUGUCAACAUCGACCUCUGUGGUGAACUCGCCGCUCAGCCGCAAUACUAUGAUGAGAUGUACCAUUGUCCGGCAACAUGUGAAUCUUUUGUGGCCAACAGCCCAUCAAGCUUUGAGGAAGCAUAUUGGGAAUUUGCGUCUUUCAAGGUCUAUCAGGCUGCAUAA